AUUUUUAUGACCUAAUUUCAUUAAAUGUCGUGUUGACCGCGUAAGGUAUUCGUUAGGUUGCCAGUGUGUGUGAGGACUACUUAAACAACACAACAAUUUCAAUGACGUGAAUCACGGAAGUGGACCUAGACUCUAGAUCUAGUCGAAAUAAUACAUUUCACUAUAGAGAAACAAAAGAUUAUUUUGCUAUGGGAGGCUGCACAUCCAAAGAUGAUUCAGAAGAAGAAAUCUCCAGAAAGAUUGCAGUGGUUGGAGACAGUGGAGUAGGGAAGACUUGCCUUAUUCAAAGGUUCAUGACAAAUGAUUUUGAUGAAGACACACCCCAAGAGUAUAUAGCAUCUGCUCUUAAAGUUGAAGAAAAAGAAAUAGAACUUAAAGGAAAGAAAAAGGUUCGUCUUUUUAUUUACGAUACUGGUGGACAAGACACUUUCAAGCAUUUAAGAAAAAUAAACUACUUGAAAUCAGAUGCAGCCAUUGUUUGCUUCAGUGUUGACAACCAUAAGAGCUUUGAAAAUGUCAAGAAUUACUGGGUGGCUGAAAUGCAGAAAGCUUGCCCAGGGAUCCCAUUGCUGCUCGUGGGAAACAAAAAAGACAUUCGCAAUGAAGCCAGGUCCAUUGAGAACUUUGUGAGAGAAGGUGAAGGUCAGAACAUGGCCAAAAAGAACAAGAUGUUCUCUUACCUGGAGUGUUCAGCCAAGGAGGGGGAAGGGGUGAAAGAGGUGUUUGUGGCCAUUGCACAGGAGGCAGCCAAAAGAAAGAAAACAAGAAAAGUUGCGGACUCUGAGUCUUAAGUACAUAUUUGUAAUUUUUUUUUACUGUACAUAUCUGUUGCUGUUUGACAUUCCUUAAUAUAGCAAAAAAAAUAUUUACAACAAAGCAAUUCUUUUGAAACAUGUAAAAAUGAUAUGUAUCUAUUUUCUAAUUUAAAAUAUUUUUUAAAAAUAACUUUUAAUUUUUUUUUAAACUUAACUCAAAAUUUAUUUUAUAUUUUUCUGAAUAAAACCUUGGGAUUUACUGUCUUAAAUUAAAUGUACAUAAUUUAACAUAGAAAACUUCCACAAAUAUGCUGUGGUUUUAAAGCUGAACUGAAAAAUUGUUGGAUGUCAAAAAAAAAAUGUAUCUUCUCUUUGGUUUGGAUUUUGCAAUGUAUAAUAAAUAUAAUUAUAUCUAAAAUCUUUGAUACAUUUUACAACUCACAAUACACCUUAAAACAUUGAUUUACAAAAUAUAUAGUUUUUGUUGCACCAUUGUAAUUCCAAAUUUAUAUACAUUGUUUAAUUGCUUCCAUUUAAUUUUUCUUUUCAUGUGAAAUCAUUUUUUAAUACUACUAAUAGAAAGUUUUAUAAAAUUUGUCCAAUUUUUUUCAUUUUCUUUUUUGAAAAUUCAAUUAGUUGUUUCUUCUUAUAUAUCUAGUUACACAUUCUCUACAAGUGGUUGAAAUGGAUUAUACGUAAACCAGAAUGUUGUCACUAAUCUAACAUUGUUUUAGUUAUUGCACAUUUUUGCUUAGGAAUUUUAGAGGAAGAAAAAGAGUUUUUAAAAUGUUUUUUUCUUCUUAGAAUUUUUUAUAAACAUAGUAUUGUUGUAAUUACUUGUUUUUACUAAUGGAAUAGAAAAAAAAUGGUAUGUUUUCCUUCUCUGUUUAGUAUUCUUAUCUUUCACUAAAUUUUACUCUUGAUGUUUGCAUAAAUUAAUUGACUCUAUUCUGAAUCUAUAUAUGGAUGUUUUUAUAACAUUAUUACAUUUUACUUGCCUUGAUGAACUGUGAACUCUCCCCUUUAUUCUAUUUUUUUCAUUGCAGGGUGUGUAUAUUUUUGUGUACAUGUUUGUGUAAAACAUGUAAUUUUAUACUAUGAUAUUAUUCAGCCCACCUCUUGACCUUUGAACUGAAUGAGAGUUCUAGCCUAGAACAGCUGUAUGUUCACAAUGUGGAAUGAAUGAUAUUCUUAAAACAGCCUUCUGAUCUUGUUGUGAACCAAAUCCUGUUUCAUUUUGUAACAGGCAUGAAGGCGUCUGCAUGUAUUUCAAAGCGCCAUCUAUACUGAAAAGAUAUCACUUUUGGUAUGAGGGGUGAGGAUAUGAGCAAUCUAGUAUUCAACAACACUAGUCAAUUAUAAACUGUUCAGUUUCUAUAACAGGGCCUCCUCCGAGUCCUGGAAAUUUAUAUACACUUUGGUGAAGGAUCUAUCUCUUAUGUUUUAUUGUCCAUCAAUUAACACUUUAAUUGCUACUUUAGAGUGGCUUUGUUGUUGUUGUUUUGUGUAAAAUAAAUAAGCUGACUAAGCAAAUUCUUUUGCUGCAAUUGUAAAAAAAAUAUUCCUGUAAACUAUAAUUGUAUAAAUUGUAAUUCUCAAAAUGCUUUUCCUGGUGUCAUAUUGAACUCAUAAAUUUCUUUAUUAAUUACAAAUGUUAUAAAAUACUAAAACUUGAUGAUGUUUGUUAAAAUUUAAACAUGGUUAUUGUUAAGGUAAAUUGCUACGGUUUUGAACCUACACCAUACAACUGCUGUUUUUUUUGUGUCUUAUCUUCUGGUUGUACUUGAUUGUCUUUCACUUCUGUGUGUAAAGUAGAAUGCAUAAUACAUUUGAGAACUCCCCUGCUCUUUGUAAAAAAAUAUUUUUAUAUAUUAUUUUCUAUGUCAACAAAAGAAGACAUCCAAUGUCACUUUCACAAGUGUUUGAGUUUUAACUUCCUUUCACCGUUCCUUAAGGAGUUUUUUCU